AUGAAUAUGCGUGACGAUUGUUGGCAUUCAUCAUUUAAUAUUAAAAAUAAUAAUAAUAAUAAUAAUAAUAAUAAUAAUAAUAAUAAUAAUAAUAAUAAUAAUAAUAAUAAUAAUAAUAAUAAUAAUAGUAAUAAUUUAUUAUAUGUUAACAUUUAA